AUGUCUACGCUUCGUUCACAACCAUUGCAGCCAUUAAAUGGCGGUCAACUAAAUGUUAGGUCUAACAACAUUACACCAAUUAAAAGUGUGAGACGAGCUAAAGAAGAUAUACCUGAGCAGAAACAGCAAGCAAAGAAGAAGAAGGAGAAAUUGUCGGCAUUAUGCAAAACUCCACCUUCAAUAGUUAGAACAAGAAAUGGGAGAGACUAUCGUCGUGGAAAUUUCCUAGGCGAAGGAGGUUUUGCUCGUUGUUUUCAAAUGAAGGAUGCUUCUGGUCAGAUCUACGCUGCUAAAACAGUUGCAAAAGCUUCGAUAAAGAAUGAAAAGACAAAGACCAAACUUUUGUCCGAGAUCAAGAUUCACAAAUCGUUGAAACAUCCCAACAUUGUCAAUUUUGUUGACUGCUUUGAAGAUGAUGUGAAUGUUUAUAUUUUACUCGAAAUUUGUCCAAAUCAGUCCUUGAUGGAGCUAUUAAAGAACAGAAAGAGGGUUUCUGAGCCAGAAGUCAGAUUGUUUAUGGUUCAAGUUGUCGGUGCGAUUAAAUACUUACACUCUAGACGAGUUAUUCAUAGAGAUUUGAAGUUGGGUAACAUUUUUUUUGAUCCAGAGAUGAACUUGAAAAUUGGUGACUUUGGUUUAGCUUCAGUUUUACCCUCAACGGAUUCCAAGAAAUACACUGUAUGUGGUACACCAAACUACAUUGCCCCUGAGGUGUUGGGGGGUAAAAAUACAGGGCACAGUUUUGAAGUGGAUAUUUGGGCAAUUGGAAUAAUGAUGUACGCAUUAUUAGUUGGUAAACCCCCCUUUCAAGCUAAAGAUGUUAAUGUGAUCUACGAAAGAAUCAAGAAAACCGAAUAUUACUUCCCUGACGACAAACCCAUUUCUGAGUCAGCCAAGAUUUUGAUCAAAGAUUUAUUGAGCUUGAAUCCGUUGAACAGACCAACUAUUGAUGAGAUUUUGAGCUAUGAAUGGUUCAAAGGACCCUUCCCCGACAAAACACGCGAUAUAAGUUUGACCGAAACUCCUCAAGGGCUCGAUCAGAUCUCUAGAGUUCAAUCUGGCAAGAAUUUCAAACAUGCCAAAGACAUGGCCGGUAUCUACACUCCCAAGAGUAAAGAUCCAGUGGAAAUCUUGAGGUCAGAUUUGCACUCGGAGCAGCCACGCGCAUUGCUCCCACAAUCAUUAUCACCAAACGAUACCAAACAUAAGUAUCGUGAAGUGGAUCCUGAACAAGUUGGGAAACCAAGACGCGUCAACUUCAACUCCCAUUUUUCAACCACCAUCAAGCGGCUUAACCAAACUUGUUUUGAAACCUACCAAAACAUUAGAAGAUUGGAGCAUUCACGACACGAGAACAUCAACCAGUUUGAGCUUCCCGUGUGUGAUAAUCCCACAUUAAUCAGCAAGUGGGUUGACUAUUCGAACAAGUAUGGCUUUUCUUAUCAAUUGAACAAUGACGAUAUUGGUGUUCUAUUCAAUGAUGAAAAUACAUUGUUGAAACUUCACAAUUCAAGCAAGUUUUUAGAAUUGAUCUACCAUGACGGGGAAGGAUGGACAUGUAUUGAAAACUCCUUAAGUCACCCACCAGCCCAAGCCAAAAGACAAUUGGAGAUUGUUGAUUUUUUUGCCAAGUACAUGAAUAGUAACUUGUCCAAAGUCAGCGAUAACGAAGAAAGAAAAGAGAUUGUUUUUUUGAGGCGCUAUAGCAGAACCCCCGAGUACAUUAUGUUUGAAAUGACAAAUGGAAAUUUUCAAUUCAAUUUCAAGGAUCAUCACAAAAUUUGCAUUUCGAAAGCGGGGUUGGCCAUAACGCACAUUUCACCUGACCGAUUGACGCAAACACAUCCUUUGAUUUGUGUUCUUCAAAGUGGAAAUUUUCCAGCCGAGCCGGUUCCCGAGUGCUUGCAGAAAAUUGCCGUUAUUAAAGAUGCAAUAAAGAGAAGGGCGUUCAAGGAGGAGUAA